AUUUAAUAUAUUAUUCAAGUUCAGUACUUGUUUUCAUUAUAAACUGACCGUUUAAGUAAAAAUCCUGGAUAUUCUUAUUCUUUAAAAGUUAGUUGCACACAAAACGAAUAAUUUUCGUAAGCUCGCCACAAAGACAUUGGAUACUGAAAGCAUUUGUUAUAAAUCCUCAAGUCCAUGGACUCCACAGGCACCCCGUUUCAAAUGUCGACUACAGUGGAUGUUUCGAAAACUUACAAAUCUCCAACGAGCCAUAGAAAAUGUACCAAUCGAAUGACUAGUAUGUUUCGUUUCUGUUCUACUUGCUUGCCUACUUCAAGUUCAUCAGAAAAAAAAGUUCAGAUUGCACCACCUACAGAUGAAAUCCCUCAAACGCGUAAAUCACUUGAUCGAUAUGAAAGAAUUGGAAAUUUACUAGAACAAUUUUUAAAAGGAAAGCUACAGCAUAUUCAUAAAUUUACUGAUUUACCAGAUGGUUAUUUCCUAAUUGAUGAAAUUAUCCAGUUACCUGAAUUCAAAAAAGAACAUUGUACAUAUGAUGAAAUUAUUGAUGUUGUACAUAAUGAUGCAUUAUUACGAUUCAGUGUUAGAGGAUCAAAAGUUCGCUUGAAACCGCCUGAAUUAAAUAAAGACCCUGAUGUAAUUUUAUCAAAAAAGUUAGCUUGGAUUCUACGUCAUGGAGCAGAGAAUGUCGGAAUGAAAUAUGAACCUGGUGGUUACCUUUAUGUAGAUAAAAUACUUCAAUUGAAACCAUUUCAAGGGGUUCGACUAGAAGAUAUUUCACGUGUUGUUAAUUCGAACGAUAAAAAACGCUAUGAACUGUCGACAAAUCCAGAAAAUGGCCGGUUAAGAAUCAGAGCUUACCAAGGUCAUACUGUUACAAUCGAAGGAUUAGAUAUUUCGUUGAUUGAAAAUCCUGAAGAUUACCCAACUGUUAUCCAUGGUACAUAUUUUCGUAAUUGGGAUUCAAUACGUAGAGAGGGCUUAAAACGUAUGCAACGUACUCAUAUACAUUUUGCACCGGGUGAAGUUGGUGAAACUGGUGUGAUAAGUGGUAUGCGUUCAAGUGCUGAGAUUAUUAUUUAUAUUGAUUUAAUUAAAGCAAUAAAUGAUGGGUAUAAAUUUUACUUAUCAAAAAAUAAUGUUAUUCUAUGUGAAGGAAAUAAAGAAGGUUGUUUACCGACGAAAUAUUUUCGUGCAGCUUAUCAACGUAAUCCACGUCUUAAACUUUCACUCACUCCGUAAAACAGCUGACUUGAAUAAUGCUUCUCGUAUAAAGAACAUACUUAUAUUUGUUGUGUAUAAAGAUAAAAUUCUCACAAACAUUCUGAUACAAAAGUACAAAAUUUUGUCAAUACAGUUAUAUCGUGAUUAUGUUUACUUCCAGUUUCAACUCUACGUUAGUGCACUACACUUGAACAGCCCACUUUCAUAUAUUUAUCUGUAUCUUUUGUUUUCUGUUAUAUAAUAUAAACUACUUUUACUCUAAACGAGUAGUUUGUUGUUUUGGAGACUAUUUUAUUUCAUUUUUCAGAUAGAUAUUCAGAUUCGUUUGACUGAUUUUUGACUUUUUGGUUUGCUAUUGUAUAACAUAUAUAUAAUUUUUUUAUAUUUGGAUUUUACUGAGCUGCAUAUUCUUAUGCAUAUUACACAGAAUUUUACACAUUUGAAUUACUACACUAUAAAGAGUUAUUAUCAGUCCUAGUUGUUUUUACUUUACGUCAUAUCUGGUUUACAUAUUUUGGGUGGGGAAAACCUUGUGUUGAUACAUUGUCUCCUGUUUAUAUUCUCCGCUUAUAUUGUUAUCAUAAAAUAUCUGUCAAUUUGAACCGCUGUACCCCACCUUCGUCAAUUCUAUAUGAUAAUGCUUUGUGGACACAUCCAGUGUAAGAAAGUUAUCAUGUAAUGACACUUGGUUAUGAUCGCACAUUUUAUAUAUAGUUGACUGGAGUAGGAAAUGUGAAUCGUUGCUGGUUGUAAACUCGAUGAUCUCAAAGUAAUGCAACCAGUAUGAUGGUUGUCCUGAGUCCUUUUUUAGCGGGGUAGUGUAUCCACACUUGAGAAGUGCAGUACUCGAACGUAGUAUUCAUUCAGUGACCCUUGGUUUUCUAGUGGUUCUCUAGCUAUAUCCAAUCUCUCAUAUACUUCAUGAUCGAGGUCUGUCGUUUGGUUUUGGUUUUUCUUAUCGUGAAUCAGUUUAAGCCGACUAAAAAGGAUCGUAUUCAAACGUCGAUGGGGUUGUGGACGAGCACUGAUGUGGGGUCUUAUGCUAGAAUGAAACAACUGUUCAGCCAUCCCAGGUUUGACUGAGAUUAGUCAGUAGUUCAUACUGAAAUGUUCAACAGUAUCCAAAAACCGCUUAUACUGAUAUUUAAUUGGUCGUUAUCUACAUAUUAUUGUAAUAGGACGACUAUCUCCUAGUCAUUGGAUUAAUUGAUUCAGAGUUUCCAACACUUCUCUAAAUACGGUUUGGGCAACUACAUCAAAACGUCUAGUUCAAAAUUGAGUAAACGAAGCCUGUACGGCAUUAUCAGGUCCCACCAUAAUAAUAAUAAUCUACACUCCAUGAAGUGUAGGAAACUGUCGAUAUUUUGAUGAAUGGUCUAAAAAUUAUCUACAGUGUAAGUAUUUCAAAUCAAUAAUACUAUUAGCCGGACAGUUCUUUAC